CAAGAAUAUAUAUAACACCUGUAACAUUGGUAUGGGGUACUAUCAGGAACGCGAUCACGGUGAACCGACGCACGAGCGGGAUCGGGGACGUGGGCGUGAUUAUGGCGAUCGUAGCCAGGGCAGCGAUUAUGGGCGUGGCGGCGAUGAUCGCAGACAUGACAGACAAGGGUAUGGUGGCAAUGAAUACGGCCGAUCCCUUGACGGAGGGGGUUACGGAGGGGGUUACGAACAUGGGGGUGGGGGCAGGGGAAGAGGUAUGGAUAUGUUCCAGAUGGCACCCGCUAUGAAACAAGAAAGAGCAUUGAAACGUGCACGAUUGAGCGAGCACUAUGUGUCUGGGGUGUGGAGAAGAUCGCCGUCCCCGCCGGGAUGGGCUAAGAAAGAGGCUAAAAAAGAUCGGGAGAUAGGCUCAGGUAAAGGAGAAAAAUUAGAGCUGAGCAGAGCGAAAGCGAAGCAAAUGGCAGAUGCGAUAAGCAAUAGCAAAAAGAAGCUCAGCAAAAGUCAGAGAUCGAGUGAGAAUGCAAAGUCCAAAGAUGAAAACAAGGCCAAGGGGGUUGGAGAUGAUGUCAGUGCGAGUGGAAGUACCAGUUCAGACGAGAGUUCCAGUGAUUCUCAACACAGCGAUGCGGAGGAUGAAUGGGAAGAGAUGGUACCUGAGGUGGAGACUACACAAGCCGUAGGAGAUGAGUUUGUAGGGCCGCUACCUGUAGAAAAGGGGGCACAAGCGCGCAUGAAAAGUGGGUAUGACAAACACAUGUUGGCAGGUGAGGCUGAUGCGAUGGCUGCGUAUAUUGAGGAGGGUCAACGUAUUCCCCGUCGUGGUGAGAUUGGGUUGACUAGUGACGAGAUCAGUAACUUUGAGAAGGAUGGGUAUGUGAUGAGUGGGUCGCGACACAGGCGGAUGGAGGCCGUGCGUCUGCGUAAGGAAAACCAGGUUUAUACGGCCGAUGAAAGACGGGCACUGGCGAUGUUUAAUUACGAAGAAAAGAAGAAGAAGGAAAAUCAACUGUUGAGUGAUCUGAGAGAGCAGGUGAACUCGAAGCUAAAGGAGACUCAGGAUAGAAGUGCGUUUGAUUAGCUGUAUUGGUGUAUGCGAACUUUCCCGUGGAGAUUUGAUACAAAUACUAUAGGAAUUGCAUCUCACAUGCACUUAUAAACAUACAUGUGAUAGAGCUAAAUUUAAAAUUUGAUGGCAUUGGUGCUGAUUGUUGAGCAUGUGCUCGAUAGAUAUCGAAAUUCGAAUAUUUAGUUUGUGUCCACGGGAGGGACCGUAUGGGAUGAUGCCAGAGACAGUGCGAAUCUCUUUUUCGCGAUAAUCAACAUAUAAUUGUACUGAUAAAAACAAGUGUACAGGUACGG